AUGCCCGCUCAACGACGCACUUCCUUUCGCUGCGAUUGCACUUGGAGAACGUUCCCCCACUCCAAGCCCCGCCACUGCGACCAGGAUGCCGCCCGACGAGUCGGACGACAACCAGACCUCAGCCAUCUCACUACUACACAUGAAUAUCCCCGUCGCCGUUGCAUCGACUGCGGCGAACCCUUCAUCACCUCCCAUCGCCGCUCCCUCGAAUGUCCCCAAUGCGGCGUCACAGUCGCCAAAACCAGCAAAUCCGCCUCCGCCACUUAUGACCGCGACGAACAUGUUUUUGUAGGAACACACGAGCAGUGGAAGGAGUGGAAGGCGGAGCAGGAGUUAUGCACGGUGUGCCACGCAGAGCAGUGGGAGAGUGCGCAGACGGAGAUGUGUGGAGGAUGUUGGAAAAAGAAGUUGGAGGAGAUGAAAUCGAUAGAGUGGUUGAGGAAACAGGCGGAGUAUAGGGAGGACACGGAGGAUUUUGGGCGAUGGAAGCAGGAGAUUUUCUGGUGCAUGUCGCAGAGGCGCCCCCUUCUUGACGAACUCCUAUGCCGUAUGGAAUUCGACGCCCCCAUCCUUCACCCCGUCGUCCACCCUAAUCCCCACCGCAAUGCCUAUCUCGCAUGGGUCAACGCCGACGAAGCCUAUCAACCGCAGGAACACCCACUCCAGCCCAUGGCCUAUCUCCACCAGCAUCCCCUCACCAACAACCGUUCCCCAUCUCCACCUACCUUUCCCACUUCCAUGGCCCGCGAAUUCAAUUCUCCGUACAAGAGUCUCGAGGCGCGACUGACGUAG